AUGAUGAGCCUCUACGCUGUCGCCACCCUUGCCGUCGCCGUCUCGGCCCUCCCGUCCAUCCAGAAGCGUGAUGUGACGACCGUGCUGGACAACCUCGAGACCAUUGACUCGGACACGAAUACCCUCACCGCCGCAAUCGAGGCCUGGGACGCCUCUCUCCUGGGAGCCCUUGGUGUCCAAAGCGACGUGACCACCCUCGAGACUGCGGUUACCGAUGCCACCUCGGAGGCCCAGACUGAGGCUCAGGCUGACUCUGCCGACUCUACGACCAUCCUGGACUACGUCAGCAACACCCUCAACCCCGAUAUCAUUGCCUCCCUGAACGCCCUCACCGCCCGCGAGGCCGACUUUGCCGCCCUCAGCCUGGACUCGCUGGUCCUCAGCGACCUCCAGACUCUCCAGAGCGACACUGACGACCUCGGUGCGGCCCUGGUCGCCAUUGCCUCGUCCGACACCGAGGCUGAGGCCGAGACGCUUGUGGCUGCCAUUGAUGCUGCGUUUGCCAGUGCCAUUGCCGUUUUCUCUUAA